AUGCCUACAUUAAAUCAAUUGAUUCGUCAUGGUAGAGAAGAAAAACGGCGCACGGACCGUACUCGAGCUUCGGAUCAAUGUCCCCAGAAGCAAGGAGUAUGCCCGCGUGUUUUAACGAGAACACCGAAAAAACCUAAUUCAGCUCUACGUAAGAUAGCUAAAGUACGGUUGAGCAAUCGACAUGAUAUAUUUGCUUAUAUUCCAGGCGAAGGUCAUAAUUCGCAGGAACAUUCUAUGGUCUUAAUAAGAGGAGGCAGAGUGAAAGAUUUGCCAGGUGUGAAAUCCCAUUGUAUUCGAGGAGUCAAGGAUUUGCUGGGAAUUCCGGAUCGAAGAAGAGGCAGAUCAAAAUAUGGUCCUCGCCCUUUUGUUAGCAGCUCUUCGAUCAACCCAGGAAAGGUGUCUCAAAUUGAGUUUCAGAAUCAAGAUAAAAUUUAA